UUACCGCACAAUCCAGGGUGAGAUGCAUGGUGAAUUUGAUGUGAUAUGGUGUUGAAUGAGGGGGAGCAGUUACAUGCCAGCAAAGGGUGAUAAGGAAGGAAAUGGAAUAAAUCAAAGACUUGCAAUCCAUGAAGCAUGCUGUGUUCUCUCCCUAACAAAUAGGAGGGGAGAGAGAUGGUGGGAAUAAGAAUAAAUGUGGCGUCAUCGUGCUCAUCAAUACUCAUUGCAUCUCGGGGGACUUUGAAAACGCUUCCCGUGGGAGUCACACUGAAAUCAGCUUCAUCAACCUUAUCACAUUCAUUCUGUUGCACUCGAGCUAUUGCUGCUGCUGGUGACAAGAAUAGGACUUUUGGCUCAACCAGUUUUCUAUUCAGUGGAUUAAACCCUCAUAUCACUCGCAGCUUCAGUGAGAUGGGGAAUAGGGGAGUGCCCAAGGCUCUCUAUACACUGGGAUUAACUAAGCCUGCCGAGUUAUCUCUACCACAGAUUGCAUUUUCUGCAAAGGAAAUUGACCUGAAAGAAUGGAAGGGUGAUAUCUUGGCUGUGGGUGUGUUUGAGAAGGAUGUAUCGAAUGGUGUAUUCGAGAAUGGUAGGUUGAAAGAGCUGGAUGGCUUUGUUAAUGGUGUGUUAAGCGAAGUUGCGAAGGAGGAGGACUUUUCAGGGAAGAUCGGGCAGACAACAUUCGUAAGGCUUUCUGGCUUUGGAUUCCAGAGGCUGGGUUUAGUUGGGCUUGGAAAGAAGAAUGGGGUAAACAAGGCGUUGAAGGGCUUCGGAGAGGCCCUUGCUGCGGCUGCUAAGAGUGCCCAGGCUAUUCGUGUGGGCGUCAUAUUACCCUCCGCUCAAGACUUGUCAACUACUGUCAAGCUUGAUUUUUUAUCCGCCAUCGCAGCAGGAGUGCUUCUGGGCGUUCACGAGGACAAUCGUUUCAAAUCAGAGGCAAAACAGCCCCUUCUGAAGAGUUUGGAUUUUCUUGAACUGGGCAGUGGUCUUGAGUUUGAACAUAGAUUUAAGUAUGUAGAGCAAGUUUGCUCCGGUGUUUUUCUAACUAGGCAUCUUGUGAAUGCACCCGCAAAUGUACUUACACCAAGUGCACUUGCAGAUGAAGCCUCCUUUAUUGCUUCUACAUACAGUGAUGUGUUAACUGCAAAGAUACUAGAUGUAGAACAAUGUAAAGAGCUGAAAAUGGGAUCAUAUUUAGGAGUAGCAGCAGCAUCUGCUAACCCUCCAAAAUUCAUUCACCUUAUUUAUAAACCUCCAACCGGAGAUGUUAAGACCAGGCUUGCUAUAGUGGGAAAAGGGUUGACAUUUGAUAGUGGAGGUUACAACCUCAAGACAGGACCAGGCUGCAGUAUUGAAUUGAUGAAGUUUGACAUGGGAGGUUCUGCGGCAGCUUUAGGUGCAGCAAAAGCUAUUGGUCAAAUCAAGCCUUUAGGGGUGGAGGUUCAUUUUAUUGUUGCAGCAUGUGAGAACAUGAUCAGUGGCACUGGUAUGCGGCCUGGCGAUGUAAUUACAGCUUCAAAUGGGAAGACAAUUGAGGUAAAUAAUACAGAUGCUGAAGGUCGGCUGACACUGGCAGAUGCUUUAGUAUAUGCAUGUAAACAAGGUGUUGACAAGAUUGUUGAUCUUGCAACACUCACAGGAGCUUGUAUAAUAGCACUUGGAAAUGAAAUUGCUGGAAUGUACACUCCCAAUGAUGACAUGGCAGAAGAACUAUCUAAAGCUUCUGAGGCUUCAGGAGAGAAAUUUUGGAGAAUGCCACUGGAGGAAAGCUACUGGGAAAGCAUGAAAUCAGGCAUAGCAGAUAUGGUGAACACUGGAGGUCGUCCAGGUGGCUCUAUCACCGCGGCACUUUUUCUGAAGCAGUUUGUGGAUGACAAUGUGAAGUGGCUACAUAUAGACAUGGCUGGCCCUGUCUGGAGUGAAAAGAAACGCUGUGCAACAGGAUUUGCUGUCCCAACCUUGGUAGAAUGGGUACUGAAAAACUCAUCAUGAGUGAUAUUGGAAAAAUCGAUUAUCUGGUUUCUUGCAUAUUUAUGAAAGCAUUAUCCUCAUUAGCAAGAAUCCAGAUGGACUAUGUAGUCAUCUUUUUUCAAAUUUUUAAAUAUAAGUUGUGCAUAGAGACAAUAGGAUUCCCAAUUUCUAUGUUUACUCAUUUUAGGGAUAAAUUGUUAGGGAAAAAAAGAACUGCUUACAAAAAAAUAAGGCUUGCUCUAUUAUGUGGACUGAGUUUUUGAUAUUGAUUAUUAAUGUUCCAUAGGUUUUGAUAUGCUUAAAAAAUUUCAGAAUCAACUUUCAAAAUCAAUGUACUGGUGUUUAAAGUUUUCUCAAUAAUAAAUGAUGGGUUAAGUUUA